AACGUGUGUAGCAACUCAUUUAAGAAGCUCUCCACAAUCAAGUGGAGAUAUACGUAAAGAAGAUAUGCUCCGAAAGAGUAGUAGUAUUUCUCAAGCAGAAAGAGUUUGCAAAGAAGGGCAUCCCAAUUGGCAUAACAAGGAAACUUCACUGUUUUGUGACUCUUCCGUAUUUGUCAAAUCGUGCAAAAAUAAAUGUGGUAGUAAGACUGGACAAUGUUUUUGCGAUCUAGAUUGCUUUCAAUAUGGCGAUUGCUGUCCAGAUUUUAUCGAAUCGUGUUCAUAUAAUUUGAUGAAUAAAACAAAUGUUCUAGACAUUAACAGCAGUGAGAGAGGAAAAUAUGAAUGCGUGGCGAUAAACGGAACUAUGUAUGUGUAUCUUGUAUCGAGUUGUGAUUUGGCGUAUUAUGAUACACCCCUAGAGGUCUCAUGUAAAACCCCUAAAGAUGGUGAUGACGAAGUUUUGUCUCUGACCCCAGCUUUGGAUCUAGAAACAGGUGUUGUCUACAAGAAUAUUGACUGUGCAAGAUGUAACAAUGUGAAAGAGCCAAAACUUUGGGCGAUACAAACGAUAUGUGAAGAGAAAAUAUUAACGGAUCGAGAUGUGAAAAAUCCUGGUGUGAACUUCAUUAAAAAGAUUCUCACUUCGGAGUCAUGUUCCUUCGGGUUUAUUGUACCGAAUAAUGCCAAAGUACGAAGCUGUAUGCCUACUGAAUAUAAAUGCCCUAGCUGCGCGAAUGACACAUUGAGCAAUCUCUGCGCAACAUCCGGGUUGCAUCCUGUUCAAGCCGCAACAGGUGGACCAUAUCCUGACCAUGGGAUUGUGUACCAUAACAAAUUUUGCUGGUUUUGUGCAAAUCCCACAUUUAUGAAUAUACGAAGUUGCCACAUAAAGUUAGGGUACAGAAGCUCAGCUCAAUUUGAAUUGUUCUCAUUUCAAAUAUUAGUUGAUGUUUCUGUGGAUAAUAAAAGAAAGCUAAAUGUUCGUUCUUCUUCGGGAAUUCAUAGUGUUGACUUUGAACUAGAAUGUACAACGGAGUCAAGUUGUAUGGCGGUAGUUUGUCCCAAUGGUUAUAUGAAAAAUGAGGAAAGAUGCGUUCUGAAAGGGAAAUUAGUGCAAACCAAUGUAAGUGCAACUACGACGAAUGAAAACAUGAAAGUAUAUACUAAGAUUCUGGAGGAUCUUCUACAAGAUACAUUUAUUCCAACAGGUUACGUGAAUUAUGAUCAGGUUUUGAAAGAUCGCAAGAGCGAUAAUCGAUACACACAAACGAUAAUGAGGUUCAAUAUAUCAUUCCCUGAAAAUGUAACAAAACUCGAUGUCAAUAAAUAUAUGACAAAUAAAUAUGAGACAUUUGUAAAGCUAGCAAAGUUGAAGGACUUGUCCCAGGUAAAUAUGACUUAUGUGAUACUGCCACCGGAAUCAGUAAAUCAAGAACCAUUUCUAGAUGCGAUAAACAGUACAUCCUCGCUUGCAGCAAUCUGGUCUCAAUUGAUAACAUUAUUGGACAUAUUUUUGUUCAUCAUCAUUACAUUUGCAAUGUAAAACAUUAAUCGUUGCCUUGGAGACAUGUAAAGAAAUGUAGAAAUACAAUUUCUGAUUGAGUUAUCAUUUUAAAAUUCUACACUUACUGUGAAAUGUUGCAUAUUGGGUGGCUAUUUUCACAUAAUGUUAUGGUGUUCAAAAUUCGAAAAAAAUGAAAUAAAGAAAAAUUAUCAUGGAGAAGUUAGUUCAGCAUAUCUUUACUUAAUUAAAUCAAUUAAUGUUUAUCAAAGUUUUAUUUUUGAACCCCUUAAUACAAUGCCAUUCAGCAUCAUAGUGAUAAAAGUUGCACACAAAUGUUCACUUCAAAUACACUGUAUGUUUAAACAUGUUAAAGGGAUGUUCCUUGCAAGCCAAAUUCUUCUGAGAUAUGACAGCUAUUUUUAUGCCAUCCAUUUUUAACAAAACGUUGUAAAAUGUUUUGAUAUGGUCAAAAUUUAUCAUUUAAAAAACGAAGUGAUCAUUUCGUGAUCAUUUCGUACAGGCUGCCAUCUUUUAAGAGUCCAAACAGAUACAACUAGUCUGCAACUAGUUCACAAUAUGAUAACUAGUCCAAAUAGAGACAACUUGUCUGCAACUAGUUCAAAAUAUGAUAACUAGUCCAAAUAGAGACAACUAGUCUGCAACUAGUUCACAAUAUGAUAACUAGUUCAAAUAGAGACAACUAGUCUGCAACUAGUUCACAAUAUGAUAACUAGUCCAAAUAGAUCAACUAGUGUGCAACUAGUCCACAAUAUGAUAACUAGUCCAAAUAAAAAACAACUAGUCUGCAAUAACAGGUGAAGGUUCCAUCAAGAUGUCCAGUUCCUCUAGUGGCAGGUGGAGCCGGAUCUCCUUCUCCAUCAUCAGUUCCAUGAUUUCUUCAAGUUGACUGGGGAAAUAUUGUAUUGCAUCAGUGUACAGAACCU